AUGUAUACCAACCCCAUCCUCCCCGGCUUCAACCCCGACCCGUCCAUCAUCCGCGUAGACUCCUCCUUCUACCUCGUCACUUCCUCCUUCGAAUACUUCCCCGCCGCGCCCAUCUACCACAGCACAGACUUGAUCCAAUGGAAGCUGAUCGGCCACGCCCUAACGCGGCCCAGCCAGCUGCAGGUCCAGACCCCCGAGCCGGGCGGCGGCGUCUGGGCCACCACGCUACGACACCAUAACGGCGUGUUCUACAUCAUCGCGGCGUGCUUUUCGCGGUAUCGACCGCAGGAGGACGAUCGGGUCUGGCCGAGGGGUUUCUAUGUCCAGACGACAGACAUUUGGGAUGAGACGAGCUGGUCGGAGCCGGUGUUUUUUGACCAGGUGGGGUUCGAUCAGGAUCUGUUCUGGGACUCCGACGAGACAGUGUACCUAUCGUCCACGCACCGUAAACUCGUUCGCACUCCCAAUGCCAAUCUCAAAGACUUUGCCAUCCACAUCGUCACCGUCGACCUCGCAACAGGCAACUCGACUUCCGAGCCGAAACUCAUUCGCGAAUCCUCCUCCGGCGUGGCAGAGGGCUCGCAUAUCUUCAAACGCGGCAAAUACUACUACCUAUUCACGGCGGAAGGAGGCACGGAGAGCGGCCAUUGCGAGUGGGUGAGUCGCAGCGCGGUGAGUCCCUUUGGACCGUGGGAGCUGGGUCCGAGUAACCCGCUAUGGCGGAAUGGGGUGCAAGACGAGGUGCAGAAUACCGGACAUGCCGAUUUAGUGGAGGAUGCGCAGGGCCAGUGGUGGGCUGUUCUGUUGGGGGUGAGGCCGGUGAGGAGGGAUGGGCGGUGGGAGGAAUCUGUGUUUGGUGAGUCUGACCCCUAUUAUGCUGGGGCGCCCAGCGUGUUGAUCAGUUGGUGUGUGAUGUAG